AUGGAAGGCCCAACGGAGAACAACGAGGCCCCGCUCUCUCCUAUCUCGCAAGAUUUCUUGGAUCGAUGGGAUGCAAAGGGGAAGUCGAAGGAGAUCUUCGAGCCUCCCCAAGGUGUCUCGCGGAAGACAUGGGAAAAGCAUGUCAGCCGAGCCGUGGAGAAAGACCGAGCCCAGGGACAUGAAAGGUUCCUGGCCAAACAGGCAUACUAUACUAUUGUAGCUCUUAGUCGGCGUGUCGGUCUGGAUAAAGCCCUUCCGGACUCCAUCACGGAGGAAAUGCUGGACGAGGACGACAACACCCCGAUGAGUGAGGAAGAAGGAGACCAUGACGAAUACACUGGUCAACACAUCAAUACCGAUACUCCUGCAACCCAUGCCCAAGGUGAUGAGGCUAUCGGGAAGGUCGAAGACGCUGAUGAUUUCACCACCCACCACACCCACGUUCAUGGUGGUGAGGUUACCAUGAAGGCUGACGACGAUGGUGAGGAGGGUGUCAUAUGUCUUUGGGAAAGGGGAGAGAAGGAGUAG